AUGGCACCUCCAUCUCAACUUUCCAUAGCUACCUCCUCCGUGGCCCGUUUGGUCAAGGAAGAAGCAUCAUAUCACAAAGAGUUGAUCUCUCAACAAGCACGACUCAAGAAAUUAGAGGAAGCUACUGAGGAAGAUGAGAAUAGAGAGUAUUCCUUGAAGCAAGAGAGAACGACUCGCAGAUGCCAUACUCAAGCUGGAGGAUUUGGUGCAAAGAGGUGGAGAAGAGGUGGAAGAGAAUAG